AUGGAGGGGCCGGGCCGGGCCGCGGAGCCCAGCGGAGGGGCGGACGAUGGGGCGGGCGAGCCCCGCUGGCCCCAGCCCCCCGAGGAGAGCACAGACCGCCCGGCAGAGCCGCGGUGCGAGACACCUCCGGCCGGCCCGCAGCCGACCCCCACGGGCCUGCCCACCCUCCUGGCCUACAGACCCGGGUCCUCACAGGCUAACGUACAGCACCAGGCAGAGGAGAAUGCUGAGCCAACAUGCGAAUGCUGUGGCAACCUGCAGAGGCCGUUCCCCUUCUCCGAGGAUGUCCCUCUCUCCGAAGAGCAGGAAGACAGAUUCUGCUGCGAGCGCAGCCGAGAGCUCUGUGAGUUCAUAAUGGUGAGGAAGAGGCUCGAGGAUGCCAGCAGCCUUCCCAGAGCUAUCAGCUCAGAAUCCAUCGGCUCUGAAGCCAACCUGCUGCUGUCAAAGGAGAAAGAGAACUGGAGGCAGAAGAGACUCCUGAUUACAGAGUUGGCUGACCAGUCUUUACAGACGAGUGCCACUGAAGGUGGGACACCAGUGCUUGUUCUGAGUGCAGCCGAGCCCGAGCUGGAGCCCCGGCUUGAGAAGGAGCCCAAGCCAGAGCUCUGGCUUGAGGAGGAGCCCAAGAAGCAGCCCCAGCCUGAGAAGCCUGAGCCGGAGCCCCAGCCUGAGGAAAAGCCCAAGAAGGAGUCCUGGCCCAAGGAGGAGCCUGAGCCAGAGCCCUGGCUCGAGAAGGAGCCUGAGCCAGAGCUCUGGCCUGAGGAAGAGCCUGAGGAGCCCCAGCCUGAGGAGAAGCCCAAGCCGGAGCCCCAGCCUGAGGAAAAGUUCAAGGAGCUGUGGCCUGAGGAGGAGCUGGAGCUGGAGCACAGGCCCAAGAAGGAGCCCGGGCCUGAGCCAAAGCCCAGGCCCAAGGAGGAGCCCGGUCCCAAGUCCCGGCCCGAAGAGGAGCCCGAGCACAAGGAGCCCAUGUUCCGCAGCGCCCUCGGCUACGAUUUCAGUCUUCUGGGGAAGAAGGUGGGGAAGGCUAAAUUGGUGCAGAAGUACUACAAAAAUGGAAAGAAAUUCCUUACCAUGCUCCCAGACGGAACCUCGCAGUUAUUCUAUCCAUCUGGAAACCUGGCCAUCAUCAUUACACGAGAGAGAGACCAGCAUAGUCUCAUAGUACAGGAAGAUGAACUGAAGACAACCAAAAUCCGAGCACUGUUUCAGUCUGAUGGCAGGAGCACAUGCUAUUACCGGAACGGAGAUGAGUGGAUAAAUAUGAGUAUCCAGGGUGGGCAGUAUUUGGACCAAGCAGGCAACAGGGUGAGAAGGUGGAUGUGGACAAACUUGUCACCAGAACCCCACGUCCCACUGAGCCCCAUUUUCAUCUCCCUGAACUGCCACGUGGGGGUCAGGAUCCUGGCCCAAGACAAGAUCUUCGUCUCCUUCCUCGCCAUGGGGCGACAAGCAAAAUUCAACAUGGGAACCAAAGUGCAGGUCAGCGCCUCUGGCCAGCUGUCUCCUCCAGCCCAGCUGGGUGAGGAUGAGCUCCUGCUGCUUGCCUUCCGCGUGAGGAUCCUGCAACUCUUUGACAGGAUGCGGGGAUGCCUCAACUUCCCUUCCAGUGAGCAGUGGAACAAAAUACAGCCCCCCAUGUACCUCAUGACCCAGGCUGUGAAGAUCCUGGAGCUCUGCAUGGCUGCUGACAUAAGUGAUGAGCUGCGCAGCUCCAUCAAGGCGAUAGUAAACGCACAGCAGCUCUGA